AUGCGACGAUCCGACCGCGGCCGCCGCCUCGGCCGCGCCGAAUCGCUGGGUUUGGGAGGCUACAAUCAUAAACAGUCCUUCCUGAACACCUCAGAAUGGAUCGACGAAGUCCCCACCAAGAGGGGUGGCGACGUGAUAAUUGUGCUAGUUGGGAACAAAACUGACCUUGUCGACAAGAGACAAGUCUCCACGGAAGAAGGGGAGAGCAAGGCCAAAGAGCUCAACGUUAUGUUCAUCGAAACCAACGCGAAAGCCGGGUUCAGCAUCAAGCCGCUGUUCCGCAAGAUCGCUGCGGCGCUGCCGGGGAUGGAGACGCUCUCGUCGGCGAGGCAGGAGGACAUGGUGGACGUGAACCUGAAGCCGACCUCCAGCCAAUCCAACUCGCCGCAGCAGGCAGGGGGCGGAUGCGCCUGCUAG